AUGAAUGCCAUCUCACCUGUGACGAUUACAAAUCUUCGAGCAGCAACACCGUAUAAAUUGUUUGUGACUGUGAAUGAUAGUCAGACGGAUCCGUUUGAGAUCACUGAGCUUUUCAAUACGGCUGAAAGCAAACCUCAUCCACCGAAAUACGAAGAUGUGCGUGUGCUAAACUCUGGAUCAUCCCUAAUCUGCGAGGUGGAAUGGAGAGCUCCUUCUCUAACAAAUGGGCGAAUAAGUCGUUAUUACGUAAGAGUACAAGGUGCUGUACGUCGAAUGAGACCUGGAGGUCCUCUAGUCGCCGACGAUUUCCCUCCACCUACUGAUGAAGAAAAAUGCGCGAACUGGGAUGAGAGAGAAGAUGUUUCACACGGAAUCAAUCCAAUCGAGUUCACAACAGAGUUCCUGUCAUGCAAGUACGGUCCUUUGAAGCCCAAUCGGAACUAUACUAUCACAGUUUGGGCGGAGAACUCCGCCGGUCGUUCAUCUCCAUUAGUGUUCCCUAAACAUUGUAUCACUAACUAUGCUCAACCUGAUGUAGUCGAGAAGCCAAUAACGUCAACUAAUUCUAAUCAUACUUCUUUCAAUCUAGCUUUCAACUCUAAGCCAGAUGAUACAAAUGGUCCUAUCAGUUGUUAUUAUAUCGGCAUUGUUCCAUUGCUCAAAAAUGUAUCGUUGGAAACGCUUCCGCCUCCACAGGAAAUUGUCAUGGAUACGGUGUCAAAGGCUUUCAACAACAACCUCCUCCCUCUUGCUGCCGAGAAGAAACGUUUUUUUGCUUACAUUGCCGAAAGUUACACUGAUUAUCCGCCAGACACAGUAAUCGGAGAUGGAAAGGGAGUAGCUGGCAUGAAACCGUGCAGUGUUCUGUACCUUAGUCGAUAUAAGGCAGAGGACGUUAUUCUUCGGCCUGGAUUGAAGUAUACAGGUUUUCUGAUUGUGAGAGUGGACAAGGAUGACAAGGAGGAAGUGCAAACUGGAGCACAUUACACUCGAUUGCUGGAUCCCUUAAGGCCAAGAUCAUACCGGCAGCUGCAUCUUAGCGGUCCAGCGUAUGGUUUUAGCGAAUAUUUCAAGCCAGUGUUUUUGGAGCCAGAAGAUGAAGGAAACCUGAUCGGCACAUUUUUCACUGUAUUGGUCCCAUUGCUGGUUUUCCUCACAAUGGCAUCUGUAUUAGCGCUGUUUGUACUACACAAACGUGGAGAAGUGUCUCAAUGGUGUCAAUGGCUGUGGAUGUCUAAAGAAUCGUCAAUAGGAGCCGAACGAACUCUUCUUAGACCAUCAGCUUAUCAUGCCAUUGCUGUGGACGAUUUACCGUCGGAAUAUCUUAUGAGACAUCGUGAUUCAGACUUUCUUUUUGCUCAGGAAUACGAGGUAAGUCAUUGA